AGUAUUUAAGGAGAAAGAAGCAGACCGUGGGGGUGACUUUGCUGAAUCAAGUAAUGUGUUUAGAGGUAUGACUGAGCGUCUGACUUUAGCAUUCAAAGAACAGAACCAGGCUAUGCGGAGACUUGUUGACAGUCAAGCAGAAUCCUCCAGACGGCAAAGACAACACCAAUUGAUGGAGGCUACUACUCCUGUUGCAGACCAUGACCAUCAACCUCAGCAUAAGUAUAUUCUGCCAGCUAGGAAGGGAAAUGUGGGUCCUCAUCAUCAACCUUGUCCAAGGGACUUUUUCCAGCCACAAGUUCCUCCAGCUCAGCCAGUACGGCGUGACAAAGCGAAGGAAACUAUGGGAGUAGAUGCAGACCCUUUUCCAGCUGUGUCUGUCGGUGUGAAUGUUGCAGACCUCAGGAGUGUUGCCAGAAAUCGUAGUCUGCCUUAUGCUCAAAGGAACCUUGCUGCUAAAGACUUGAGGUGGGUUCUUGAGGCACAGAGAUCCAGACAUAGCAGAAGCAUCAGGUUAGACCAACAGAGGCUCGGGGGGCAAGAAAGGAUCAUUGUGACCAAGAACUUCAGCUUAGAAGGUACUAGACGUUACUCAACUGGUACUAGGUCUCCAAUGAUGGUCAAACCGCCCCUCAAGUCACCUUCCAGACGGCGGGAGAAAGUCAGUCAUCCCAAGUUUCCAGCCCAAAAUCCCAGAACCUUGAGGCGCAGAUUGCAACGCAAAAGGGCUGAAGAGCGAAAAAGGCAACAGAAGCAGAUGGAGGCUGAGGGAAGUUCAUCUCGUAGACCACGCCAACCUACCAAAAGGAACAUGGUGUGGGUGGCAUCUGUCAUUGUGAGUCCAGACGGGGUUUUGGAAGCAACUUUUGAAGCACAAGAACAGUCUAGGAAUCGUGGAGCUGAAUCAAAAGAAGAUGCGACUAUUCGUUUUGGGGAAUUCUCAGUGAAUUUGUCAUGUCUGGUGCUGACAUUACCCUUGGUUUUCCAAGCCAAGAAGGAGGAGGAACCAAUCGUCUGUGAGUUCCCAGAACAGAUAGAAGAAGAGGUAAUCAUUGUUCUAGCUCAAGAUGAUGAAGAUGAGGACAUGGCUGACAAAAUUGUGUUUGAAAAACAAAAACAAAAGAUGGCCAGACACAUUAGGCCACUUUAUAUCAAUGCUCAUAUGGAUGGGACUCCAAUCAGCCGUGUCUUGGUGGAUAAUGGAGCUGCAGUCAAUGUCCUUCCAACUUGCAUGCUCUAUAAAAUAGGCAAGUCUCUUGAUGAUUUAGUGCAUACUGAGGUUACAAUUAGUGAUUUUACAAGAGGAGUGAAUCGUUCAAGGGGUGUGCUGCUUGUUGAAUUAACAGUGGGAAAUAAGACACUGAUGUCUAUGUUUUUUGUGGUGGAUACUGUUGCUACUUAUAAUGCACUUUUGGUGCGUGACUGGAUUCAUUCAAGUUGGUGUGUCCCUUCUUCACUUCACCAGAAACUGAUUUUCUGGAAUGGAGGCAAAGCUGAGGUUGUGUCUGUAGAUGAUAAGCCUUUUUUAGCCAAUACUCACCUGGUGGAGGCUAGAUAUUAUGAAGAAGACAUUGGUACCAUUCGGUUUUUUGGGAUGGAUAGACAUGGGAAGCUGAUUGGGAUAACAGCAUGUAGCAGACUGUCAUUGUCUAAGCGUGUUGUAGAGGAGGUAGACAGGUUUGAAAUUGUUCAUGAAGGCGAGGAGGCAGACCAAGGUGAUGAAAUAACUUUGGAGCUGGAUCUUGCCCCAGCCAAGUUAGGUGAUUUAAAAGCUGAAGUUCAAGACCCACUGGAGGAGAUCAAUCUAGGGUUUGAAAGUGAGCCAAAUGUAACAUUUAUUAGCGCCUCUCUUAAGCCGCAGACACGAGAUCAAAUUGUCAGACUUUUGCAUGAAUUUAAAGACUGUUUUGCUUGGGAUUACUCAAAAAUGCCAGGUCUGGAUCGGAAAUUAGUGGAACAUAAAUUGCCAAUUGCAGAAGGAUUCAGACCGUGUAAACAGCCGCCUAGACGCAUGCCUACAGAGGUCACUUUGAAGGUGAAAGAAGAAAUUGAGCGGCUGGUAAAAGUUGGAUUCAUUCGGACAUGCAGGUAUGUAGACUGGUUAUCAAAUGUAGUGCCUGUGCUGAAAAAGAAUGGAAAAUUGAGAGUCUGUGUUGAUUUCCAAAAUUUGAAUUUAGCUACACCAAAUGAUGAGUAUCCUAUGCCAAUUGCAGACUUGUUGGUUGAUGGAGUAACCCGUCACAAAAUUCUAUCUUUCAUGGAUGGCCAUAAAUGCUGGAGAUACUAUCAAAGAGCCAUGAAUGCAAUUUUUCAUGAUAUGAUUAGUAAAUUCAUGGAAAUCUAUAUUGAUGAUGUUGUGGUGAAGUCACAUAGGGAAGCAGACCACCUGGUCCAUUUGAGGAAGGCUUUUGAACGGAUGAGGCAACAUGGCUUGAAAAUGAACCCACUAAAGUGUGCCUUUGGAGUGUCUGCGGGUAACUUCCUUGGAUACUUGGUGCAUGAGCAUGGUCUGGAGGUUGACAAGAACAAAGCCAGGGCUGUGAUUGAGGCAAAACCACCACAGAACAAGAAGGAGUUACAAAGAUUUCUUGGCCAAGUUAAUUUCUUAAGACGUUUCAUUUCUAACUUGGCUGGGAAAACCAAAGUCUUUUCUCCUCUGUUGAAACUCAAGUCUGAGGCAGAUUUUAAGUGGGAAGAACACCACCAGUCUACCUUUGAUAUGAUAAAGCGUACAGAAACCAUGUCUGGAACUGGAGUCGUGGUAAUCUCCCCGUCUGGGCUGAAAACACAGAUGUCUUUCCAACUAGAUUUUGAUUGCACAAAUAAUCAAGCAGAAUAUGAAGCUUUGAUUAUUGGUCUUGAGAUGUUAGUGGAGCUUAAAGUAUCCAUGGUUGAGGUAAUAGGGGACUCACAGCUACUUUUGAAGCAAUUGUCUGGUGAGUACAAAUGUACUAGCCUUGCUUUAGCCCCUUAUUUUGCCUUGGCUGUGCAAUUACUGGAAGAGUUUGAUGAUGUGUCCAUCAGACAUGUGCCUAGAGACCAGAAUUAUGAAGCUAAUGAAAUGGCCCAGAUUGCUUCAGGAGAGGCCAUUAUGAAUUACUGCCGCGUUGUCUGGGUCCAGAUGAAAGUUUCCAGAUGUUGUCUGAUGUCCAUGAUGGGAUUUGUGGUGCACACUAGGCUGGGAUCAAGAUGCGCUGGUCACUCAUUUAUUAUAGUGGCAAUAGAUUAUUUUACCAAAUGGGUGGAGGCUAAACCAAUGAAGAAGGUAGACCAAUCUGAUGUAAUCACGUUCAUCAAAGAGGACAUCAUUCACAGAUUUGGUCUGCCAGAAACAAUUACAACAGACCAAGGCAUAGUUUUCGUCAGCCAUCAAGUGGAGGCAUUUGCAAAAGAAAUGGGUUUCCAUCUGUUAAAUUCUACUCCUCAUUAUGCACAAGCUAAUGGGCAGGUGGAGGCUUCUAACAAGGUGGUGAUUAAUUUUCUUGAAAAAAUGGUGGAUGACAAUCCCAGACGUUGGCAUGAAUUAUUGUCUAAAACACUAUGGGCUUAUAGAACUUCACAGAGGAGUUCAACCAAAAUGACACCUUUUGCCUUGACAUAUGGCCAUGAAGCAGUCUUGCCAAUGGAGCUAACAGCCAGGUCUUUAAGAGUGAUGAUUCAGCAUAAUCUCCAGUCUGGAGAAUACGAUGAGGCCAUGAUGCUUGAGCUUAAAGACCUUGAAGACUCACGUUUGACAGCUUUGGAUAGAUUGCAAGCUCAAAAACUUAAAAUUGCAAAGUCUUACAACAAGAGAGUAAAAGGUAAAAAUCUGGCAGUUGGUGACUUGGUCUGGAAAGCAAUUUUACCUCUUGGCAAGAAAGAUCACAGAUUUGGGAAAUGGUCCCUAAAUUGGGAAGGACCAUUCCGAAUUCGAAGUGUUGAGAGGGGUCUGGGAGGCAAGAGGAAUGGAGUUCCAGGAAGCUGUCUAAGCCAGAUUCUGCAUGUGGCCUUUGAAGUUUGGAGUCUGGAGCCUGAAAGACCUGCAAUCCCAUUACUAGAUCAUGGAGGAACAGUGCCGAAAAUGGAGGAACAGUACCGAAGAUCAUGGAGAAAGUUACCAGCACCAAAGAAAAUAAAUAUAGAGAGAAGAGAACAGUUUCAGGCCUGCCCAACACACACACAAACUGCCCAGAGCAUGUUUUUCAGCUUUCAGACUGCAUUUUCCAGAUUUCAGCAAUAGUUUACAGAUUUUCCAGAUUAGUUCAUAGCCUUAGCCUAGGUUUAUUCAUCUUUGUUCAUAUUUUCUUCUGCAAAUUCCAAUUUAGAUUAGUCUUAAAACAUUUGGAAGCAACUUAGCCUUCAAAACAAGUCUGCCCUUUUGAUUCGGUUAGUUCUUCUUCCUUUUAUGGAUUUAGUUAUGUUAUUCGUUCAUGUAAAUAGGAUGAAUGUUUUCUACCUUUGUUCUUUUGUUUCUGCACAAUAUCCAGACAUGCAGUUUGUUUAAUUUCAAUUUUCAGAUUUAAAUUUAUAAGUUUCCAGACUUUAAUCAUUUCAUAGUUUCUUCUUUAGUUUUAGUCAUCAUUAUGGGCUGCAUAGUUGAAAUCAUUGUCUGUUAUUUUACUUUUUCUGUUGUCUGCGAAUUUAAUCUUUAUGGCAUGUUAUUUUCUGUUAUUUACUUCAUGUUAGUUUAAUUGCCUUAGGAUAUCACAUUUAAUUUAGGAUUUGUAGCUUUUAUUACACUUGUUUAGUUGUGAAGUCCUUUGAGGUUUCCAAGGCAAGUAGAAACCCAUUUUGCAGAACUCUACCCUCUGUUUUGCAACAUCGUCUGGGGCGCAAUUCAUUUCAC